AAGUUUACUGAAGUCAUUCGUGAUGGCACCACUAGAGUGACCAAGUUACAUCAUCCCACCGAAACAAGAGCACCAUUCCUCUUGCUUUGUUUUGUCCGUAAGUAUAGACAGCUAACUUACCCAAGUUUCCGCAAUUGACCGACUGCCGACAACAACCACCUCCCCUCCACCGCCGAUAAAAUGCGAGCACAAGUCUGCCAAAAAUGCUUAGCAUCCUCGAAGUUCCUCCUCCGCCGUAACACUGCCACCACCGUAUCCCCACUCAUACGUCAGGCGUUUCCGGCGGCUGCAGCAAGAAGGACCUUCCUCACAAGCUUCCGCAAGACGACCACGGAGAAGGAUGGACAACUCCGCCCUCCACCCCCAGCGGAAUCGGUUUCCCCGAGCGAAUAUCCGCUGUACGGACACUCGGGGGGGACGAGGGUUUUGCUAAAACCAAACAAUUUGUUUCACCCCAUGGACAAAUCGCCCUCCCCCUCCAUGCGUGAACGAGCGGCCAAGAUCAAGCGGACCGCGUACUGUCCGCAUCCGCGCCACAGGGCUGCGGAUUCCCCAACACACAUCAAGUUUACUUGCCCAGAUUGCGGAAUCCCUACAUAUUGUUCAGAGGAGCACUGGGCCGAGGAUUACCAGAACCAUAUACUUAUUUGCGAUGCCCUGAAGGAAGCGAAUGAGGAUGAUCAUGAUCUGAGGAGUGGGAGGUUCUUUCCCGAGUUUGAAUAUCCCGGGGAACAAAUGGACGAAGCUUUGAUUAAUUUUACGAAUUGGGAUACAUUGUUGUACACGAGGGACUUCAGGGCUAUCAAUGACGAAAGAUCCUUGAGACAGGUCACAAAGUUGUUGACAUAUCCGAUCACUGUCGCAAGCUUCGCACAUGAGCUGAGCCCCUAUGAUAUAAGGCAUAGAUUGACCGUGGAGGGAUUGAAGAGUGUUAGCGGUGUGCCUUUCUUGCUCAACUUGACGCAUAGUUAUGUCUGACGUUGUAUCCACUGCAGCGCUGCGUUACACUCUACACCCACCCCGUACGGGUGCCGGAAAGGGCAUUAGAGGAAUCAGAGUCACACCACCUCCGGUCCGCCUAUUCAUUCUUGGUGCGCGUUCGGAGUCUUCUCUCCCCCGAGAAGUUUGGCAUCAACUCACCCAUAUGUUCCCGCUCUCCACUUUCCACCUGGUCUUCAUUGGGCCGCAAUCUAUGAUGAACCGGGACGCCGAACUCCCACUUCCUGACCGAACUCCGGCAAAUCCGUUUGGUGCAGUGGUGGAACGAGUAUCCCACAACAUGAAGAUCUCGACCUUCGUGGAGUAUUACCAUACCCUCCAUGACACUGGUACAUUCAAGCCGUAUGAUCCAUACUUUGACAUGUUUGUCUUAUUCCAUCCGGGCUUGGGUCAUCCGGGGAGUGCGGCAGAAUGGGAGAGCACCCUUCCACGAUUGCUCGACACAAAAUGUGCUAUUCUGUGCACAGGAUACACGGAAGAGGACAUGAGCCGUGAUGUCGACUGGGUCCAUGAUAAGUGCAAGGGGGAAUUUGAUGUGUUGUUGGAGCCCGGAGUGAAUAGAUUCCGUAGCCUGAGAUGGGAUAUUGACGAGUAAGUCUUAUGGCACCCUUCUUGAGAGCAAGGGCUGACUGAUGGAUAAUCAAUAGUGGGGACCCUUCAGACCUGAGCCAGGGAAAUUGGGGAGUAUGGUCGUUCAGGGGCAAGAGAUAUGAGGCCACUAAACAAGAUCUCGAGACUAGAUAGUCUGUGGACGUGUGCUUACGGGCUGUAAAUAACGAGAGUUAGGCCGGAAAUGGCAUCUAGAUGGGGGGGGGCAGCUUUACAGUGUGAACGGAAUUCUGUAAUUAUCACUUAUUUCGUACUAAACAACGCUGUCCGAAGGCUCCAGGGCGACUGAUGUGUUUGGCUUUGUUGCGGCAACAAGCAGCCGGGUGCUGUCGAGGUCGCAACAUAUCAGCAAUUCGUGCUGGUUACACUAUUACCAAUGACAGCUCGCAAAAUUCCUCCUGUGAAACCCCUUGGCAAAUUCAGGGACGGGAGAUCAGGUGGCAGCAGGGCCAACUGUAUGCAGUAUUUUUAAGCACGAAAUAUCACUCGAUACCAUUCUGUUUUUCCCUUGGCCGAUCCCUGUGGUUGCAGAAACCCCACACUUGGCCAGAGCUAUGCCGCCGACUGCGGGGGUGUAGCGGGGAAAUACCGGUAUGCUCGUAUUGUUAGUACAUGGCCGGGUCAAGGGGAUGUUAGGCAUACUCCCCGACAUUUGGAGAUCAAAGGAAUGCCCUGCUAGGCGGGUAUUUUCGCUAACUGUGAUAAGAAAUACCGGGAGGGUCGAGCGCAACUGAUGCAGGCCUGGUGACGCAGAGAUGUAACGAAUGCCUAUCCAACUCCGACAAAUAGUUUGAAAAGUGACUAGCUGUGAUCGGGUCUGCUCGUGUCUGAGUAGCUAGUGCAAAACUGAACUUUUGGCCCCAACCGCUGGCGGCAGUGCAGUUCUGGUCGUGCGUUAUUG